AUGCUGAGAUUCGUACAACACUCACAUGUGCUCAAGAGCAGAGUUUCGAACCAAAUUGUGUCGGCCAGCGCAAGGUCGCCUUUCCAUCAUUCGCUGCGGCUGAAUUCAGCCGUGGCAAUGGAACGCUCGCCAUCGCAGGAAGCGGCUGCUGCUGCUGCCGCUAACACUCCUCCACAGGCCGCCAAGGCUGUGGAAAAGGUACGCGCCAUGCGUAGGAACAUCAAGAUUGACAAGCAGCUAUCAGCCGCUCCAGAUUCACCAUGGUUCCAUAAGGUUUGUGCGUUCGAAGACUGCGUAGCACAGACACUGUAUUUGUCACAAACACCACGCAAACGGAACAAUAACAAUAACGGAAACGCAGGCUCCAGACGCACACAGGCAUCUCUGGGUAGUGGCAAUACCAACCCACUUUUCUGGGACUCUAUAGGUCGGGCUAUGGGGCUAUACCGUGAACUUCUGGGUACUCCAGAGCUCAACAGUGACCGGGUUUCGAAACUAGUGCAUCUCUUACACAACGGACUGCGUGCGAACAGAAACCAGCUGACGCGAAUGAACAAAAAGCCCGAUUAUGACUCUCAGUCCUUCCACAAGGAGAUGACCAACUACCUGUGUGAGUCGCUGCGCGAGAUAUCUCAAGAUGCGUUGUCUGGCAAGGUUGAGCUCAAUGAGUAUGGUGCAAUGCAUCUAAUCACCGCUUUCAAAGAGCUGCUUUUACUUGAAGAAGCCGUCAGUAUAUGGCGCUCUGCUAUUAACGGAAGCAACACGUACACCGCAAACAUUUUCUUGAAUCCUAGGGUGGUCGGUGUGGUACUUCCAAUUCUUUAUGACAACGGAGUAACAUACUCAGAAAUUCAAGACCUUUACGAAAAAUCCUCAGCUAUGAUAUCUUAUUUCCACCCCAAUCUCUCUGUGGGUAUGAUUCGUGCGUCUUUGAGUGCGGGCGAAAAUGAAAUGGCCCUCAACCUAUUUCAAAAGCUUUGCGAGGAAUCGAGCGAGAUGAAAUAUGGCUAUUUGAUAGAAACACACCUCUCUUUUAUUGGGGAAUGUAAGGACCUUUCUAUCUCUCAAGCAUUUUUCGACAAAGCCUUAAACAAUGAAAUGCCAUACAGGAUUGAUCUCCAGGUUUCUUACGUCAAGUCGUUUUUGCGCAACAUAUGGUCUCAAACUCGAGACUUUCAAAAAGUAUAUGAAAUUUGGUACAAAUCAUCAGUGCACUACGGCCGUGAUGUGAACCAUGGAAUCUCCUCAUCAUUGAAUGACACAUUUUUCGAUAUCUUUUUCGAGAACUUCUCCCAAGACAAGCUCACCGGAUUGCAGCAGCUACAAGAGAUAAUCUCCACCUAUAACGACAUCAAACCUAUUGACGAGCCAUUCUUUAACAUUAUUCUUGCCAAGUGCACUGUCUGGAAAGAUCGUCAAAUUAUCGAAUCUAUCGAUAAAGCUUACGAUCUUUACCAGACCCCCAGAACCAUUGUUGCUUACCGUAUUCUCUUGAAGUCCAUGGGAUCCGUUCAGGUGACAAAUCAAGAGAUCUUCCAACGUUGGUGUAACUUGGUAUCCAAGUCCGAUGAAAUCGGCCAAUCCUUCAUCGCCAAUGCCGAUUGGGCCGCUUUGAGGGAUGCUACUGUCACAUGGACUCAAAACAACGAAUCCCAACCAUCACCAGAAGAACUUUACGGGAGCGACGGUUUCGGCGCUGCCAUGCAAGCAGCUAACGCAUCUGGCGCCUUUGACGAUAUUCCACAACAAACAACACCACACAUUCACCAACAAGAAAAGCUGGAAAGCCGUUUGGAUCUUUACAUGAAGAUUGUCAAACGUUACAGCAUCUUUUGCCGUGAUUCCCGCCAGCUUUCACGCUUGACAUCAGGUACUGCUGUGAAAUACCCAGUGUUACAGCAAGCCCUAUCCAAAUUUAACACUUUGGAUGUCAACGACGUCUAUAUUCCUCAAUUCCACAAUUUGAGACCUCAGAACUGA